AUGGACCAAACUCAAGCAGGCGCUCUUCUUGACCCUCCUGAGCUCACACCGCUCGAACAAGAGGUUCUGGACGAGUACGAACGACUGGCCGACAACAUGAACAAACUGGCCACAAUCCUCGAACAUCUCGCUUCGAACCCCAGCUCAGAGAUCCUUGAUGGUCUUCGCGAACUCGAGCGCAAAACGAGCUUGGCCUUUACGCUACUCAAAGCCAGUGUGUACAGCAUAGUCUUGCAGCAGGAGAUUGAUUGGGGUGAUGGCUCGCAGGCGCAGUAA